GACCGAUCAAUAUUAGGCUUGAUCGCCGAUUUCCCCCCGACCCCCUCCGCACAGAAUUAAGCUGCGCGUGCGAGCGCAGGAUUUUUCGUGUAUAAAACAGUUGCAUAAACCAACAGCAGCAACAUGUCGACGCCACAGCAACAGCAACAGCAUGUGCGCGUGGUCGAGCAGCAGCCGCAACAGGUGGAACCAGCUGAAGGGGCCGCGACCUCCAGCUCUAUCGGUGGCACGGAAUCCAUAUCGGCCAGCAAGGAGCUAACCGGUUUGACCCACGAGUGCGGCGUGUUCGGUGCCAUUGCUUGCGGGGAUUGGCCCACGCAGAUGGACAUUGCGCACGUGAUCUGCCUGGGGCUGGUGGCGCUGCAGCAUCGCGGUCAGGAGUCCGCUGGCAUAGCCACCAGCGAGGGCAAGUGCUCCAAGAACUUCAACGUGCACAAGGGCAUGGGCAUGAUCAGCACCCUGUUCAACGACGACUCCAUGAAGAAGCUCCGCGGCAACCUGGGCAUUGGGCACACGCGCUACUCCACCGCUGGUGCCUCCGAAGUGGUUAAUUGCCAGCCGUUCGUGGUGCAUACUGCCCACGGAGCACUGGCCUUGGCCCACAAUGGCGAGCUGGUCAACAACGAAUCUCUAAGGCGAGAGGUCUUGGCCAGGGGAGUGGGAUUGUCCACCCACAGCGACAGUGAGCUGAUCGCGCAAUCCCUUUGCUGCGCCCCCGAGGACGUCUCGGAGUUGGAUGGACCCAAUUGGCCGGCUAGGAUCAGACACUUCAUGAUGCUAGCCCCGCUUUCGUACUCGCUGGUCAUUAUGCUGAAGGAUAAGAUCUACGCUGUGAGAGACACCUAUGGCAACAGACCGCUCUGCAUCGGAAAAAUCGUUCCAAUCAAUGCUGGACAUGGAAAUCGCGAGGAUACGCCCGCCGACGGUUGGGUGGUUUCCAGCGAGAGCUGCGGCUUCCUCUCCAUUGGAGCAAGGUAUGUGCGAGAGGUUGAGCCCGGCGAGAUUGUGGAGCUCACCCGGAGUGGGUAUCGCACUGUGGACAUAGUGGAGCGACCCGAUUUCAAGCGAAUGGCUUUUUGCAUCUUUGAGUACGUGUACUUCGCCCGAGGCGACAGUAUCUUUGAGGGUCAAAUGGUCUACACAGUGAGGCUGCAGUGCGGCCGGCAGCUGUGGCGCGAAGCACCGGUGGAGGCGGACAUCGUUAGCUCCGUUCCUGAAUCUGGAACAGCGGCGGCGCAUGGAUAUGCCCGGGAAUCGGGCCUUGACUUUGCCGAGGUACUCUGCAGGAAUCGAUACGUAGGACGUACCUUCAUCCAACCGUCGACCAGGUUGCGCCAGCUUGGCGUGGCCAAGAAGUUUGGAGCUCUGUCGGAGAAUGUGGCUGGCAAGAGAUUGGUCCUUAUCGAUGACUCCAUCGUGCGGGGCAACACUAUCGGGCCCAUAAUCAAGCUGUUGCGGGAUGCAGGCGCUAGGGAGGUGCACAUACGCAUAGCUAGUCCGCCGCUGCAGUAUCCUUGCUAUAUGGGUAUCAAUAUACCCACGCGCGAGGAGCUGAUUGCCAACAAGCUGAACGCCGAUCAGUUGGCCAGACAUGUGGGCGCCGACAGUCUGGCUUAUCUUAGCGUGGAAGGUCUGGUUGAGGCGGUGCAGCAGAAGCAAAGGGAUGCAGCAGGCGAUGGACAGUCCAAGCCCACGGGCCACUGCACCGCCUGCCUCACUGGCGAGUAUCCCGGUGGACUGCCCGACGAGUUGAGUUGGUAAUAUCUUCCAGAAACCAGUUUUAUUACUCUCUUUUGCCCACCAACCACACAAACAGAACGAUUGCAGUAUCAAAAGCCAUUGAGGGCGCGGAAAUGCUGUCACAAAUUUUGCAUUUAGCUUAUCUAGCAUUACAGACUCACUCACCCAUUCCCAUAUACACUCUCUCUACCUUCUUAGAUCCUAAGCGAAGGGCCAUCGAGCUCUCCCAAACUUGUUUUGUCUCUGAAACUACACACUCAUAGUACAAAAUAUAGCCCUCUAUAUUGCCCCCCCUGGAGUUUUUUGAUUCAGAAUGCCAAUAAUAAAGACAUUUAGAAUAAGAAGAAA